AUGGAAGUAGACCCGAGUUCAUCGUCGUCUUCAGAUGAAGAAUGCGAACCGUCCGUCGAAAGUGCUGCUUAUGUUCAUUCAGCAAGCGUCAAGUUGUCUGUUGGUUGUGAAGAAGCAGCUAGAACAAUAGCGGGAGUAAUAAAAAUCGAUAAAGAGCCGAGCAGAAGUGGCGCGCGACGAGAAGUGAGCAGUGAAGGAGAAUAUGUUGUUAUAAACAUUGAAAGCAGAGAUCCAAAGUCCCUGUCAAAAUCAAUCAGCAACGCAGUGGAUAUGAUCGAAUUGUCCGCAAAAACUUUGAAAAUGUGUGAUAGCUUCACGAAGACGAGAGAAAACGGUUUAAAACGGAAGCUUCCUGAUAAAUCUCUACCCUGA